GAGGGCGCGCGAUGGAAACGGAACGCUGCGAAGACGCGACCGGCAUACUGACGACGAAGGCGGCGGCGGCGGCGGCGGCGGCGGCGGCGGCGGCGGCGGGUUAUGGGCUGGAAGCGAAGAGAACGAUGGCGGCCAGUCCGUCGUUGAUGCAUUCGGGACCGAGGCAUACUAUCGAUAAUAUUUUGGGGUUGGUGCAGAGGAAGGAGGAGGCGAUGAUGGAGAGGCCGGCGACGCCCGGGAACGCCGAAAGUGCCGGCGAGGGAAGUUGCAAUUCGAACGACGGCGUUUCGGAUCUCCGUUACGGAAAGUUGAUGGAUUCGACGACGGCGGGAAGCGGCUCAGACGACGAGGGUGCGACGAAUACGUCCGGACAAUCGGAGGGCGAUUCCUCCUGCAAGAAGAAACACCGACGCAACCGGACCACAUUCACCACCUAUCAGUUGCACGAGCUCGAAAGGGCCUUCGAGAAGAGCCACUAUCCGGACGUCUACAGCAGAGAGGAGCUCGCCAUGAAGGUGAAUUUGCCCGAGGUCAGGGUACAGGUGUGGUUCCAGAACCGCCGGGCGAAAUGGAGGCGACAGGAGAAAAUGGAGGCGGCCCGAUUGGGUUUGAGCGAGUACCACGCGGCGUCUCUAUCGCGAGCGGCCGGUUCCAGCCUCACCUUACCGAUGGACCCUUGGCUGUCGCCGCCUCUUCUGUCUGCCCUACCGGGGUUCCUGAGCCACCCUCAGACCGGGUACCCCAGUUAUCUGACGUCGCCGGUGGCCUCGGAUCCCGGCAGGCCGCCCAUGGCCCAUUCGCAUGCGCACGCGCACCCGCACCACCAUUCGCCCAACGGUACCCCGCCCGAUUUGAGGACCACUUCGAUAGCGGCGCUGCGGCUGAAGGCGAAAGAACACGUCGAGAACAUCACCAAAGGGCUGCAGAUGGUUUGAAGUGAUCAUACAAACGGAGGUUUACGUUCGGUCUACCGGUCUAUUAUGCGGUCUACCGGUCUAUUAUGCGGUCUACCGGUCGAUUAUGCGGUCUACCUGUCUAUUAUGCGGUCUACUUGAGUAAAGUAUCCGUACUACUGUUCAUUAUUUGAUUCUUAUCGGUUUGUUUGCAGAACAAUUACUGUGAGAAUUUGGAUUAUAAUGCUACCGGGCUGGUAGACCGCAUACUCGGCUACAUUUCUGAACGUGAUAUACGUAUAUAAACUUUCCGUUUGUUUUUUUGUAAAUACUCCUGUAUAAUAAUAGUGUACUUAUUAUAUUAUCGUUGUUGGACAUUUUGUGAUGAGUGUUGAUGUUAUCACUUGUAGUAGAUUAAUUUAUAUUUCUCAUGGAAUAGUUUGUAAAUAGUUACGUUGUAUUUGUAUUGAAAGCGUUUAAUAUCCGUAUAAUUUUCAAUUGACAUUUUUCAGGAAUCUAUUUAGAUAUUAAUUGCUUGUAAUGAGAAUAUAUUUGCAGAGAGUUCUAUCCUACACACACAGAAAAAAUAACUUUAUUGAGUUUCAAAUUAUACCUAUUCAAUCAUAUUCUUGAUUUCCUAAAUUUUUGUAGGUGUUUUGUAUACAUAUAACGUACAAAUUUUCUUCUAUAUAACAGAAACCUCUCUAAUGAAUUAAUUGCUAAGUUUCCCCAUAGAGCAUCAAUACAAAAAAAAUUGUAAAAAAAAUAAGUGAGUUUUAUUGUGCAAUGACGAGUAUUAGUCGCAAAAUUUCCUGAAAAAAAAAAGUAUUCUUUAUCUCAAAUUAUAAUAUGUAAUACCUACUCAAUCAUUUAAUUGUGUUCAUCAAACUGGAAUAGAUUCCUAUUAAAAAUAAUAUUACUAUAAAAUAAACUAAACAUUUUAUUACUUACCCAGUGAUCUCAAAUCUCCAUCUAGUGAUUUCAUUAACUUUGUAUUGUACAUAUAGCCUUUAAAAACACCGAUAUAUAUAACGAAUAUAUCGAUAUUUAUUGUAUUUUAUUUUUCUUCAACGCUGUGAAUUUUUGUAAAUAGCGCAAUAAAUCAAUUUGAAAACAU